AUGUCCUCCGCCGUAAGAGUUGCUUCGAGAGCGCAGCCUGCCGAGCAAGCUUUGAUAAUUUUCCAUGGGCUGGGCGAUACAGGAAGUGGCUGGUCCUUCCUUGCUGACUUUCUCCAGAGAGAUCCCGCAUUCAGUCGUACCAGGUUCGUCUUCCCCAAUGCUCCUAGCAUCCCUAUCACCGCCAAUGGCGGUAUGAAGAUGCCAGCAUGGUUCGAUAUUCUAGAAUGGACCCUAUCUCCUACGAAGGCGGACACCGAAGGUGUGUUCAGGUCGCUAGAUGUGAUCCAAAGGUGUGUUCAAGAGCAGAUCGAUUCGGGCAUCAAGCCGGAAAAUAUUAUCGUCGGGGGCUUUUCUCAAGGUGCUGCCAUCUCCCUGGCCGCCACGAUGACUCUUCCCAUGAAGGUUGGAGCUUUUGUCUCUUUGUCUGGUUUCUGUUGUACUUCGAAGGAUGCCUUCAACCACACUUCCAGCAAGAACCUCGCCACCCCAGUAUUUCACGGACAUGGCGACCAAGAUCCAAUCGUGCCACUGAAGAAUGGUCAAAUUGCUAGGGACUUCUACACCAGGGAUUGCGGGCUUACAAACUACACUUUCAAGGUAUAUCCGGGCCUGGAACACUCUACGUCUCCAGAAGAGAUGGUCGAUCUCAUUGCAUUCAUCAAGAAGGUGUUCAGGCUGUAG